GCAAAAUCUCUUAGUGAAGCUUUGAAAUGUGAGAAUUGUAAACUCACUGAUUUGUCUCUUUAUAUUAACAAGAUAGGUGAUGAAGGUGCAAAAUCUCUUAGUGAAGCUUUGAAAAGUAAGAAUUGUAAACUUACUGAAUUAGAUCUUUCUUAUCACACGAUAGGUGAUAAAGGUGCAAAAUAUCUUACUGAAGCUUUGAAAAGUGAGAAUUGUAAAAUUACUGAAUUGUCUCUUUCUCAAAACAAGAUUGGUGAUGGAGGUGCAAAAUCUCUUAGUGAACCUUUGAAAAGUAAGAAUUGUAAACUUACUGAAUUGUCUCUUGAUAGUAACAAGAUAGGUGAUGGAGGUGCAAAAUCUCUUAGGUGA